CUGGAUAUAACUGCUUCCUGGCGUCAGUCUCCUGACCCAUACUUCUGAUAAGAAACCACUCCGGUAAUGCCGGGGGAUUAAACAAGUAUCGGUGAACAAGUUUAAGGUUUUUCUCUUUAUAAUGACAGAUGACGGGACGGCUGCCGGGAAACACGCGUAGCUAAUUCCUCCCCAUCAAAUGCAGUCAAAUCUGAAACCUGACUGGCCCGCGACUUCUAACUCGGGAAAUAACCAAGGAAACUGGAACACCGCCAUGGAUGCUUCCCAGUAUCCAGGUUACCCUUCACAUUACUGGUAUCCACAGUCUCAGUCCUCUGGCCACUAUACAAACGCAUAUGGCUCUGGGUCAGAUGUUCAGCCACAGUACAAUCCACAGGUGAUGCCUGGAGGAUAUCCUAAUGGUCAUGGAGUCUACAGUGCUGGACAAAACCAAUAUCCAGCAGGGGGUUUCCAUCCAUCCAACCCGUUCUACUGUGCUGACCCUCCAAGGAGCUCCUACCCAAACCAAGGCUGUCCGGCUGAUCAGAGUGCUGCGCCUCCUGGGCAACCACACACUCAGCAUCAUCAUCAUUAUUCUGGUCCACAAUGUCAAGGGGGUCCUGGAUACCCAUCUGGACCCUACCCACACUACAGUGAAGGUGGACAUGCGGUGCCUCCCAAUCCUCCAUAUCCUACCGGGCAGCCUAUUCAUCAUCCCAGCCCUCAGGGCGAUGCCUGGGGGCACACGGCUCCAUACGCUCCCUCUCAGCAGCAGUGGCACCAAGGGCAGCCGCCCUCACAAAACCACUAUGUCCGCCCUGCACACCCUCCAGCAUGGCCAGGAACAGGAACCGGUGCUCCACCUCCUUAUCAGCCGAAGGUCUGGAUAUGUGAAGUUGACUUUCAUAAGUGCAUGCAAUGCCUGCAUAAUUAUUUACUCUUUUUGACAUUACAUCCACAAAUAUUGGUGUUUGAGCACCAGCGAAACCCUCAGGUGGAACCUAAACCCAGGCCAGCACCCUCUCCAAAUCCCCCCAACGGAAAACCUGCUGAAAUAAGUUCUCCUCCCCAGAUUUACAGCAAAGCCGGGCGAAGUGAUCCCAAUCCUUCUCAAACUGAUCCCCAACCAGCGGCUGCUCAGGCUGCACCUCAGCCUCUGAGCGACAACCCUGGGCUUGCUAAGGUCCAGCAGGUCAUGGCCAGGGUUCAGCUGCUUCAGGAAGACGUGGAUGAGUUUGUUGGGAGAAAAACAGACAAGAGUUACCGGUAUCUGGAGGAACUGCUGACCAAAGAGCUGCUGGAGCUGGACUCUGUGGAGACUCAGGGACAGGACGGUGUUCGACAGGCCCGCAAAGAGGCCGUACAGAGAAUUCAGGCCAUUCUGGACCGGCUGGAGAAGAAGGCCUUCUAAAGUGGACUUUGUCUGCCUGUUGAUCACUUAUUCUUGUUUUUCUUCACUUAGAUCUUCCAUGGAAAAAUUGAGGGUUCAGUCUCCUUCUGCAGAGAUGUAACAAUGUUUCCUUACAAAAUGUCAUAAUUUAGAGAAAAUGACAUAGACCCCAAGUAAAGAUGCAAUUUUGAUCUAAAUAUUAAACCUCCUUUGAGGAGUGGUUUUGCCUACAGCAUAAAACUUGUCCAUCAUAAGUGACUUUCAGCCUCUGUGAGUGACUGAGCUUGCUACGCGUCCCGAUACUCUGGCUCAACACAUCUUUACGUCACGCCCUCACCAACAUGGCGUCCUGCUACACAGCAGCUGUUAAUGUUUAUUAAGUCAUUACACAUUUAGAACAUUGUCUGGAUUUGUGGUCCGAUAUCAUUGGAUCAUUCUUGGAGCAAAACACACCCUUUCUCAGCUGAUAAUUGGAACAUCUGCAUGGUCAUACUGUUGUCCCCUCCUGUGGCGCCGUCUCUGCAGCAGUUGUUGCAGUGGUUCUUUUAAUCUCUCAGCCUUGCAUGCACUGUAGUGUCAGAUAAGCAGUCUCAGCCUAUCACUCAGCCCAUACUGUAGCAGAUUAGUGAAAACCCCCUAAAGAUCGCUGUCCUCAUUACUUUUGCCGUGGCAGUGGAGUCGUACAAUUAAGACCUACAUGUGAAUUCUAUGUAUUUCAUUCUAGAAGCUAAGGAUAAUAAUUACUUUUAAAAGUUGAUUUUUUUUUUUCAUACUCUCUUUUAAAGUAAAAAUAUGAAGCUUUAAAUUUUUCAUUCAAGGUCUAUCCUUAAAGGCAGUGUUGAAUACACCAGUAUGCACACAGGUUAAGUUGGUUUAUUUGUCAGAGCAGUGAUUCCCAACCGGGGGAACUCGUACCCCUAGUGGUCCGUAAGUGCAUUGCAAGGGGUACAUGAAAAUGUUUAAUUUCUUAGGUAGUAGAAUAAAAUGGAUCUGUGAUCUACCUUGGUUUGUGAGGACUCAGUUGGACAAUUACACAAGUUUUUCUCACGCAUCAAAACCAAGCAGAAGAACAGAUUGGAUGUAGAGAACAGCCUGGUAUCAGCGGUUUUUCACUGAUCUAUCGGAGCUCAUCAAAGCAGCUCAGGUGUCUUGCUGAAAACAAAAAAUUAAUUGGGUCUGUCUAUAAUUUUUGUUCCAAAUUCAUCAAAUUUAAAUCUGACUAUAACAGAGUUACUCAGAGGAGCUCCAGUUUUAUAAAUACAGAUUUAUAAUAUGUUUUUAUUUUGUAUUUAUUUCGAUUCCUUACUAACUUCAAGGCAACAUAUUUGUUUUUUAUUUUUUUAUUUUAUUUGAGAUUGAAAGGUUAAAAUGCCAAAGAAUUAAAUGCUCAAAAGAUACAAUUUUUUUAUUUUAUUAUGAGUUAUUGUACGUUCCACUUUUGGACAAUCAUCAGGAACUCAUAGUGAGACAAAAUGCCUAAAGGGGAACAUGCGUCAAAAAAAGGUUGGGAACCACUGGUCUAGGGCACACAUUCUUGUUUAAGCUGCGUAUGUGCAUCGCUUU